CUACAUUAAUAAUAUUCCAUCACCCAUAUAUAUUAUCAAAUUAAUUAAGGUUCACAAAUAUGAGAAUAGGACAAGUGUAGUUAUAGGUCAGCUAAGAGAGAGAAUUAAAGCUUUAGAAACACUACUUCAUUAUCCAUGUUUCAUUAUUCAUUUUCACCAAACACACUUUUAUCUUAACCCUCUGUAUGAGCACAAUAACAACUCCAUCACUCACACAUACACACAUUCUCAUCACUCUCCUAUAUAUAUAUCCAUCAUCUCUCCUCACCCCUUCCACAUCAGAGAAAAAGAGAAAGAGAGAUAAAAGAUAUACAAAUGGCCGCGCUUAUCGCUUCUUUUCUUCUCGCAUUCUCCCUUCUACUUGUCGGUGUUAACGCGCUCAUGGUCGAUUACUACGCUGAAACUUGCCCCGGAGUCGAGGAAGCCGUGGAGGAGGCCGUUAAGAAAGCUACGGCCAACGACAAUACCGUUCCAGCGGCGUUGCUUCGCAUGCAUUUCCACGAUUGCUUCAUUAGGGGUUGCGACGGGUCGGUGUUGGUGGACUCACAGGGGAAUAACACGGCGGAAAAGGACGGGCCACCCAACAUCUCCCUCCACGCAUUCUACGUGAUUGACAAUGCGAAGAAGGCGGUCGAGGAAUUGUGCCCGGGGGUGGUCUCCUGCGCGGACAUACUAGCGCUAGCGGCGAGAGAUGCAGUGGCCAUAUCUGGAGGGCCCAUAUGGGAGGUUCCGACAGGAAGGAAAGAUGGGAAGAUUUCAAGAGCCAGUGACACAUCCCAAUUGCCAGCUCCCACCUUCAACUUCUCCCAGCUGAAGCAGAGCUUCUCCCAAAGAGGUUUAUCUACAGGAAACCUUGUGGCACUCUCAGGUGGUCACACCCUUGGAUUUGCACAUUGCUCCUCAUUCCAGAACAGAAUCCACAACUUCGACGCGACGGACGACGUCGACCCGUCGAUGAACCCGGCAUUCGCAGAUAGUCUUAGGAAGGCGUGCCCGGCCCACAACAAGGUGCGGAGCGCGGGGUCGGCGAUGGAUUCGACCAACACGGUGUUCGACAACACCUACUACAAGCUUCUAUUGCAGGGGAAGGGCUUGUUCUCGUCCGACGAGGCGCUCCUGACCCACCGGAAGACUAUGGAGCUCGUCGCGCGGUUCGCAGACUCGCAGAAGGCCUUCGAGAGGGCGUUCGUGAAGGCGAUGAUCAGAAUGAGCAGCCUGACCGGCGGGGACGGAGUGAGGCUGGACUGCAGGGUGGUAACGUGAAAAAUGUUCGAGUUUGAAUCCAAGUGCAGGUGAUUGCGUUUUUUGCGUGUCGAAGUUCGAAUAAAAUCGAAAGAUUUUAUAUUUGUGAUUGACAAGUUAUGAAGUAGAGGGUGCUUGAGAAACAACAAAGAGUUGUAACUAUUUCUUUGUGUGUAAGAUUAAAAUUUGUAGACUUAAUGGUUUUGAACAUGUUUUUUUUUUUUUAUGAAUUGUGAUUAAAUAUUGUAAUUUUGAUA